CUCUCGGUUGGGAUCUUUUUUGGGGGAUUUCCUUUAGGCUUCACAUAACAUAUAGAAUGCCUGCCUAUAAACAGAAAUAAAAUUUCAUCAAGUUGCUAUAUCGCCAACCAUGAUUUUUGUACAAUAAGGAAUCUGGAUUUGAUUGAGCAGGGAAAAAUGAAGGCGCUAAACUAAGUGGGUUGCAACUUCAAACACAAAUAGACUAGAAACAAAAGCAUUAUGGAUUUAUUUUUCACUGAUGUUCACUUAAUGUGUGGACAGAGGAGGCAAAUAUCAACUGAGAUUGUUUAUGUAAUUUUCAUUGAGAGCUGACUAUUACUCCACUAAAGGUGAGUUUGUUCAAGUUAAGGGCUCCAACAAGAAAGGAAAGAGUGGGGAUUAGGCAAUGAGACAAAUGCAAGGCAGCCUAUAAUUUCACAAAUACAUAUGCGAUCAAUGGAGAGAUACUAAGUUGUUAGGAACACCCAUAUUUCCACCAUUUACUAGAAGCAUCAUCUUCCAGAUUUCAAUCCAUACUGCAUCUUUUUGCUCUUUCCACAGACUAUUCAAACAUGUCGAAGUGGCGCUAUUACAAUGACAAUGCUUUCUACACUUUCUGAGAUCUUUAAAUUUUAUAUUGGGAUAUCUGAUUUGCUUUGCUCGAGAUUGAGACGUCAAUGAAUUCAUAACUAAGCAAAAAAAUUGAUCAUAAGACGACAGUUUGGUAAAAAAAACUGAUAGAUUCAUUGUUUGGCAAGACUGGCAAUGGUUUAUGAGUUUAAUAUUGGUGUAUAUUGAUCCAUGUGAGAGUAAUUUCUCCUCUCCUAUGAAGGGAGGUUAAGAGAUGCAGGUAAGCAGGUGCCUAAACAUUCUGAACCCUACUGAUACAGCACGGGAACAUAUGUAGAAAGAGGAAAUUCAUGGAUUGGGUAAACAUGUGCACUGUAUGUCUCUCAAAUUUUCCCCAUCAUCUCUGUGUGUGUGUGUGUGCAGGACCAUCAGCCCACCCAUGCACAUUGACAUCCUUGCAAAACAACCUGAGAUGGUAGUAUAGCGUAAGUUCCUUUAGUCAUUAAAAGAGGCUUAGGCUAUUUUUGUUAAAAGCAAAACUUCUUUUAUCAUUUAGAUAUCCUUACUAUACAAAAAGCGGUGUAAUGGGACUCACUAGACCUAAUUGCUAAGCCAAUACUGUUGGUUCAAUUCUAUCAUCUUUUUGAUAUUUUUAGCAUCUCUAUGAUGCUUUGCCUUGUGGACGUAGUGCUCCAAUGUUAGUUGAUCAUGCACAAAUUUAAUGGAAUAACCAUUUUGCCUCCAUUUCUUUCUUCAUUUGGUUAUUCUUAUGUUUUUCCUAGUUUUUGUAUGUGGUGUAUGUCUUCUUGAGAUGCUAUUCCUACGCUGUUGUCCUCAGGGUGGUCAGCCUCAUCGGAAGCUCAGUCAAUUUAAUGGUACAGAUGAUUUUUGCCUUGCGCUGGAUCAAUCAGAGAGAUCUUACCAACUUCUUGGUGGUUAUGCUGCUGGACAGCUUCUGUAUUAUUUGUACAGUGACCCUAGUCAAACUGUGUACAUUGUAUUCUGCCCUGAGAGAUCCUAUGGCACAAGCAAGAAACCGAGAGUAAAACUUCCAAUCCUUCAUGCAUCUGAAGAACAUCUUAUGGAAUUUGAGUUUGAUUGAGUCAUUACUGAAGGCAAACGCUUGUACAUAGUUUCUUCCCUUUUUUAUUUUAGCCAAAUUACAGAUGGCACAUGUAAAUUAUGGUUUCAGUCUCACUUCGCCCUCUCUUCUAUGGAGUAUCUCAAAUUGUCCGCUUGAUUAUUCAUAUUGGUUUUACAUUAACUCAAAACUAAGUGCUCUUAUGUCUUGGGCGAAAAUAUUUACAUUAGUUUGGGGGCAAACUGUCAAUUUUGCAUCCAAUUGUGCCGUCGUCUGUCACUGGGGCAUUUGAAACUAAUAGUCAUACGUUAUUAUUAUUGUACAUCUAUGGUUAGUCCCUUGUACUUCACCAGACCAGACUGGCUUGUAAGUGACAUAUUUCUG